CGGUUGAUACCCCGAGCAGUUAGAUGUGGGUGAGUUUGGUUGGUUGGUUGAUGACGAUGUUGAUGUUAGAUAGAUGUAGGACAUGGACUGUGUAUAUUAGAUUAGGGGGGACAUUAUCUUACUUAAACUCUAUUGCUCCAUCUCUAUGGAAUAUCCUGCAUCCAGGAAUAUUAACCACUGCUGCGGCAUCACCAACCGCCAUGACUCGUAUCAUCGAAUGUGUACGUCACGAUACUCGUGAGUUAUACUCCCGUGUUUCGUGGAGUAAUAUAUUCCGAUUGAUGCAUAUACCACAACUAACUCGAGUGCAGAGGGCGGCGUAGAUGCACCAGGAAGUUGCCGGCCAGUACUGAGACUUAUUAUAGUUGGACGAAAGGGAAAGUCAAGCCAUGCUCGAAUCCUGAGUGAGA